AUGUUGGAAGGUUUUUCCUUCACUACUAUGCAACUUAUUAUUAAAAGAAGGAGAGAAAACCUAAAAGAGUUAGAUGUGGAAAUAAAUAAAUGUCAGGAUGAAAUCCUGAAUGCGUUAAAUCAGGAAGAAUUUGAUUGCAUAACACAGGAGAUUAAGGAUAAUUUGGAUAAAGUAGAGAGAGGGGUAGUAGAAAUAAAGAAAAAUAAAUAUUUGAGGGAUAAAAGAGAUUAUAAAAACAAACAAGUAAGAUCCUUUUCUAAGCAUCAAGGACAAUUUAGAGAUGAGAACUAUAGGGAGAUGGACAAAUAUAAAAAUUUGAGACAAAAUUUUCCUCUUUAUACUCAAUAUGAACCCAGAUAUAGGCAAAAUCCUAUACCUCAAAGAACCUAUAAAGAUGUUCUGGAGAAAAAACAGACUGAGAGGAAGGUGGAAAAUAAAUAUGAAAAGAAAGAAUGGAGGAACAAUUAUGAAUAUAAACCUUACUUUAGAUCUCGGAGAGUUAGUUUUAGAGAUAAACGAAGGGAUGGAAAUGAAAGAAGGAGCAAUAGAUUACAGGGGGAGAGAGAAAGGAUUUCUGAUCAGUCCCCCUAUUACGAGAGAACUACACAGAGGAGAGAUAGAGAAAGACACCAGCCCCAAACCAGAGAACCCUUAAGAGUGUAUAAUCAGUAUCAAGCCUUGGAGAAUAGAGAAGGGGAACAGGAUUUUUGGAGGAGUCGAAUUAUAGAAAGACACAAGGAAGAACAAAGGAGAGAUUUUCCCCCAAACCUCAAGAGACGAAGGUAUUCGUUUCAAGAGGAAAGAGAGGAGGAAAAUCAGUCAAAGAAAGACAAGAGAGAAAGGAAAGAAAAAGAUUAG